AUGUUCCCAGCAUUGGAAACAGAGCUAAAGCAGGAGACUCUUCCUGAUCCCUAUGAAGACUUUAUGCGCUAUCACCUCCAGUACUAUGGCUACUAUAAAGCUCAGAGAGGCAGUUUACCAAACUCUGCUACGCACCAGCAUGUUUGGAAGAAUAAUCCUCGAUACCUGUUGAGUGGCUCUUUUGGAAAAAGAGAGGAUUUGACACCGAACCGCUUGCAAAAGGAGAAGCGUCUAUGGCCUACCUGUCUACCUUCAACUCUGCACAGACAGAUAGGAGCCAUGAGCAGAGAUUCUCUUAUGCUGAGGUCACCGUUUGUUAAGAGCAGACAGCUUCUUUAUGAUGACAUUGGCAAAGUAAACCCGCGUCUUAGAGAACCCCAAGAUCUCUUUGCUUUUUUCUCUGGAAACGCGCUGCUGCAGGCUCCAAGGUGGCCAAUAGAAUGUGAGGUCAUCAAGGAGAGCAUUCAUCAUAUUGAAUGGGUUCCACCUCAACCAGAAUAUUUCUAUCAACCUACAGGAAAUGAAAAGAUACCAGAAAUUGUAGGAGAAGAAAAAGGCACAAUUGUCUAUCAGUUAGAUUCAGUGCCCACCGAAGAUUCCUAUUUUACCAGUUCCAGAGUGGGAGGCAAACGCGGAAUUAUCAAGGAACUCUCUAUCUCCUUACAGGGACCAGAAGAUAAUACUCUGCUGUUUGAAUCAAGGUUUGAGAGUGGGAACCUGCAGAAAGCUGUCAGAGUAAACACCUACGAGUAUGAACUCACCCUGCGAACUGACCUCUACACAAACAAGCACACUCAGUGGUUUUAUUUUCGAGUUCAGAACACCAGGAAAGACGUCACCUAUCGCUUCACCAUCGUCAACUUGCUGAAACCCAAGAGCCUCUACACUGUAGGGAUGAAGCCGCUCAUGUACUCCCAGUUGGAUGCCAGCACCCGCAGCAUUGGCUGGCGGAGAGAGGGGAAGGAAAUCAAGUACUACCGGGACAGCACGGAGGACGGCCAGCAGCCCUCUUACUGUCUCACGUGGACCGUUCAGUUUCCACAUGACCGGGACACUUGCUUCUUUGCACACUUCUACCCGUACACGUACACUGACUUGCAGCGCUUCCUCCUGUCAGUGGCAAACAGCCCCAUCAAAUCUCAGUUCUGCAAACUCCGGACCUUAUGUAGGAGCCUCGCAGGAAACAACGUCUACCUGCUCACCAUCACCAACCCAGCUCGGACCCCUCAAGAGGCAGCUGCGAAGAAAGCUGUGGUCUUGACUGCCCGCGUGCACCCUGGGGAAAGUAAUGGCUCCUGGAUUAUGAAAGGCUUUUUGGACUUCAUCCUGAGCAGCUCCCCAGAUGCUCAGCUCCUCAGAGAUAUCUUUAUCUUCAAAGUGGUCCCCAUGUUAAAUCCAGAUGGAGUGAUCGUGGGGAAUUAUCGGUGUUCGCUGGCUGGAAGGGAUUUGAACCGGCAUUAUAAAACCAUUCUGAAGGAGUCUUUCCCCUGCAUCUGGCACACCAGGAAUAUGAUCAAGAGACUCCUUGAAGAAAGGGAGGUUCUCCUGUAUUGUGAUCUCCAUGGCCACAGCCGGAAGAAUAACAUCUUCCUGUAUGGUUGCGGUAACACUGAUCGCCAGUUCUGGCUUCAUGAGCGAGUCUUUCCUUUAAUGUUAAGCAAAAAUGCACCAGAUAAGUUUUCUUUUCACAGUUGUAACUUUAAAGUCCAAAAGUGCAAAGAAGGAACAGGACGAGUUGUGAUGUGGCGGAUGGGAAUCCUAAACAGCUACACCAUGGAGUCUACUUUUGGCGGGUCCACCCUGGGCAAUAAAAGAGACACUCACUUUACCACUGAGGAUCUGAAAUCCCUGGGUUAUCAUGUCUGUGACACCCUUCUCGAUUUCUGUGAUCCUGACCGAACCAAGUUCAUGCAGUGUCUGGCAGAGCUUAAAGAGCUCUUACAACAGGAAAUCCAUAAGAAAUUCAAGGAACUUGGACAAGAUAUGGAUUUAGAAAGAAGCUGGAGUGACAUCUCUUUGUCUGACGUUGAAUCCAGCACCAGCGGUUCUGACAGCUCCCUCUCGGAUGGCCUCCCUGCUCACCUACUGAACAUAGCAGAUGAGUUGAAUCAGAAGAAGAUGAUGUAUAAGAAGAAAAAAAAGCCACUUAAGUCGAGAAAACAGCGAAACAAACAGUAUCAGAAAAAUACUUUGAUGCCGGACUCAGAGAUAACUGAAGACGCCCCAGAAAGGGCAAGAUUUCCUUCUCUGCAAAAGCAUCCUGCUUUUUUCAGAACUUCAGAGAAUGCCAGUUCUUCAGUGAUAAAUAAUGAAAAACCAAGGUUGAAUAAGUCACAGUUAAACGGAAGAGGCAAGAGCACCUCCGUGGACCCAACAAAUAUGACCACCUUGAUUUUGGCUAAGAAUAAAGACAGAAUACAGAAACAGAAGCCAGGAUUUACAGUAUCUUGCGAUCCAAAGAAAAGCACCAACCCCAGCCAAGAGCCAGCUCCACCCGUGCAGCCAAGCUGGUCCAGGAGCAGAUGUCCUGGCACACAGGGAAGCCACAGGACCGCCGUGGCAUACCCAUCCUUGCACAUCUACACCUACCCGUAG